UUCUGGAUUACAUGGUGCCCCCCAAGGUGGUACAGUGGCACUUGCCCAUCCCCGAUGGGCACGAGAAUCACUGCUCUCGUUGCACGGCACUCUCACAUGAAGGCAGAGGCAAUCGAUAACAGCCUGGCACUAGCCUUUGAAUGAGAGUUAUCAGGUGCCCUUUGUUUUUUGAGUCCAUAGUCGAGACUCGAAGGAAAAUAAAUCUCUGUCUUCCUUGCAAGCACAAAGGAUAGAUUUAUCUUGACAGACAGUGAAGAGCGACCCUGAGGUGCCAGGCCUGGAAAGAGCUAUGGAGCCAGCCUUGCAAGCGGCCCUCCUUCUGGGACUCUUCCUUGUCCCCUGCUCCCAUGCUCAAGGGGCUGUGAGUGGAACUACAGCCGGCUCGAAUACUCUGCAGCCAUGGCUGGUGGGGCUGACGGCCGUCAUGUGCUUCCUGUGUGUGAUUUUCAUGGCAUCCCUCAUCAAUCGGUUCUUCUGCUCCAAAAAGAAGGAUACUGAAGAGACACAAGAAAAAAAUGUUGAUCUGAGGACGACUCCAAAUAUUUAUGACAACAUUGCCAUGGAAGUGGAGGAAGGGACUUUCCAGUCUGCUGAACAGAGAGGAGAUGAUGAUAAACAGACAAACCUGUGAAGGGCAUUUUGGGAUGGAGAAUGAGGGAUAGGUAGGCAGCACCUGCUCUGAUGUCACUCCAUUUGCAUGGUGCCACCGUCUCCACUUUGGCCAACCCUGUUCAACCCAUUUAUGACCCUUGGCCCUUCAAAGAGGGCUCUUUCCCCCCAGCUAAUUCCUGGGCCAGAUGGGCAUGGACACAUGGAAGUCUUCCUGUCCUGCCACCAGGGGAUAGAAGAGAGAAUUUCAGAAGGUCCCUUUUCUCUUCUCUCUGCAGUCUCUUGAAGUGAAAAGUAGAUCUGGAGAAAUUUCUCCCUAAAAGUCCAGUAGGCAUCUUGAGGGCAUGUGGCAAUCUAGUCCGGCUAAUCCAACUCCAUUGACUUGCCACUGUGGAAAGGACUACUUUUAAAAACUCAAGUGCCUUGAUAUCCUUGCUUUUCUUCUUUUCUUUGUCUUGAUUGUGGAAAACAUUUUUUAAAAUCUAGUCUUCUGAUUUUGGGAGGGAAGAGUAAAGUGGAUUCCUGAUGCUUGUCUGUUGGAAAGUUGGGGAACACACUGUUAAAUAAAAGCCACAUAAUCAAAUGCC